AUGUCGCUAACCAACGGUCAUCGUUCAUCCCGAGGACCCCAGCCAGGAAAUCUAACACUUGACCCCUCUUCCGCUGCAGCAGCCGCAGCCGCUUUCUCCCUGAAAGCUUCUUCAUUGGCCCAUUCGGACAUGAAUUCCAGCUAUUGUUACGAUACCAGUCAUUACUCACCCGGACCGUAUCAGUCAAUGAAUAACGGACUGGAUCGCACUGUCCUAUCUCCUCAUUCCCCAAUCGAAUGUGAAUUCCGUAACUAUGGGAAAAAAGAGCUCUACACAGCCCCCGUGCAAACUAAUGCUUCUUAUAGAACUGGAUUGAAAUCGACCAAAGAAUUGGACAAAACAGAGUGCUAA